CGAAGAUCUGGAACCUCUACCUUACAAUCAAGAAGCGAGCUCAAAGAAAUCACUGGUUUAUACUAGCUCGUAAUCAGGAUAUUGGAUAUUGGAAUACCAGCGCCGUACUGCUCUCAACGUUACAAUCAGCUGAGUUGGGGACCUGCCAUAUGAGGUCUCGUAAAGUUCGCUGUUUAAGACAGACUACAGAACUUGGCUCAUCUUCGGAUUCUGAUGAAAAUAAUUUGGAUGAUCCUACGCCUUCAGUUGUUACCGAUUCUACGGUAGUUGUGGAAGCAAUCAGAGAACUACAGAAACUGAGGAAACGACCAGCUGGUAUCAGUUUGCCUGCACUGGCUACGGGCAAAGAGGUUCCAGAUCUGAACUUGGCAAUAGCUAGUGAUCCAUUUAAACUAAAAACUGGUGGUCUGGUCGACCUAAGUAGUAUUUCAUCGAACAAACAAGCUGAGGAGGAUGAUGAUGUUGAAGCUCGUUUGGCCAAAACAUUUGCAACGGAAACUAAUAAGAGAGAUGAAGAUGCUGAAAUGAUUAAAUAUAUCGAAGAGGAGCUAGCUAAACGAAAGGGAUUGGUCAAACCGUCAUCUCUAGAACGAGACGAGGAUUCAGACUUACUUCAGGAUGUUCCUGAAUAUCUCAGACCAUCUAUUGGUCAACAAAAAGAAGAUAUGCUGUCCAACCAAAUGUUAUGCGGUAUCCCUGAAGUCGAUUUAGGUGUGGAAGCAAAAAUGAAAAACAUAGAAGCCACAGAAGAAGCCAAACAAGUUUUAUUAAAGAAAAGAUAUGUCCGCAAGCAUGAUCAUUUGAAGGACGAAAUAGCACCUAUCAAUAUGGCAGUUAAUUUCGUUCAGCAUAGUCGAUGGAAUAAUUAUACAAGUGGCAUGAGUAGAAAAGCUGAUAUGGACAGUAAACGAGAACUCAACCAAAUAACUGAUAAUGAAAAGGCAACACCCAUCGGGGAUAAUUCUAUUUAUCCUCGCAAAGACAGACGUCGUUCAGAUUAUGACUCUUCACAUAUUCGUAAUGAAAAAUCAACAGAUAAUAUUGCACUUCAGAGGUUUAAAAAUUAUAUGCGUGAUAGAAGACGUCGUUGAUUUUCUUUUCCUUUUGAUAUUUCUUUUUAAUGGAUUCCUUCUCCUUUUUCAAAUUUAAUAUUCCAGUUUAAACUGUAAUAAUAAUAAUAUUGUUACUGUGAUUACUGGUGUUUCUGUGUACAUUGUAAAUAUGACUUCUAGUGAUUAUUAUUAUUAUUAUUAUUAUUAUUACUUCAUCAGAAGUAUCUGAUAACAACUAAAUGUACAUUUUUUAAUUAAUAACUAAGAUAUUUUUAUCUCUAGGCAAUGUCACUUCACUCCAUAUAAUCUUUGGUUGUACAUUUAUCUCAAUGUCUUUUAUUGUGCGUGAGAAACUUAGUAAUUUAAUGAAACAUAAUUUAAUGAAAUAAAUGACUAACUACUAAGUUAUUGUGUGUAUAAAUAAAUAUGAAUU